UAAACUCUCCAAGCCACCUUCAAUUAUAUAGAUUCUAUACUUUAUAUAUAUCCUCACAUCUACCAUAUAUAUCCACAAACUCACUACCUCUCCAAAAUUUCAAAAACAUACAUAUCUUCCUUAGAUUUUCCUCUCUCUCUCUCUCUCUCCAUCUCUCUCUCUCUAACUAGCAAACAAUAUCAUGGGUCUUAGAGAUGUUGGUGCUUCACUUCCACCCGGGUUUAGGUUUUAUCCAAGUGAUGAAGAAUUAGUCCUUCAUUACCUUUUGAAGAAAAUCACAAAUGAGAAUGUUAUCAAAGGUACCUUAGAGGAAAUCGACUUACACACAUGCGAACCAUGGCAACUACCUGAAGUGGCUAAGCUCAACGCAACUGAAUGGUACUUCUUCAGCUUUCGUGACCGUAAAUAUUCCACAGGCUUUAGGACCAAUAGGGCUACGACAUCUGGAUACUGGAAAGCGACGGGGAAAGAUCGAACGGUGUAUGAUCCAAUCACUCGUGAGGUUGUAGGGAUGAGAAAAACUCUUGUGUUCUAUAGGAAUAGAGCUCCUAAUGGAAUCAAAACAGGUUGGAUCAUGCAUGAGUUUCGGUUGGAAACCCCACAUAUGCCACCUAAGGAAGACUGGGUAUUGUGUAGAGUAUUUCAUAAAGGAAAAACAGAAAACAAUGGGAAGAUAAGUCCACAAGACAUGUAUGAAACCAUAGCUCCAUCCUUAACCAACCAAACAAUGCCAAUUGGUUAUAACUAUAACCAAUUUGCUUCUAUGUCAUCAUCCAUGACAACUCAUGAUUACAAUCAAAAUGAUUCUUUGUUGAAUCUCCUUCAAUUAUCCAAGGAAACAAACACCAAUUGUAGUAGUAUUACUCAAAUUAGUCCUAAAUGUGAUGAUGCAUAUGGAUUCUUGUGGGACAUGGAUUUGGAAGAUCAUCAUGAUGGUGUGGAGUCAUCAAACUUGGAAGGAAUUAGAUUCGAGGUUGAUAAUAAUAAUAGUAGUAUGGUCUUGAUAUAAAAAGUGUGAUGUGUACAUAUUAUAGAUAUAUGCAUGGUUGUUAGUUAUCUCUCAAGAUAGGGGAAUUUGUGGCUUUGUGAUGUGAUCAUAGUGUUUGGCUUCAAAGGGUAAGCCACGUGCUUGGUUGGGAUUACUUGUUCCAUGAUCAUAGGGUUUUUUCUUCAAGUGUUCAAGUGUGAUUAGUUAUUGGGGUGGGGUUAUACACAUUGAUUAUCAUUUCUAGUAGGAAUUUGAAUUGUGAAUGUGAUUCAUUUGUCAUGUACAUCUUGUAUUUUUAUAAUUAAAUAUUUAUUAUUUCUUAUU